AUGGUCGACUCGGCGCGAUUCUUGCCCUACGACAAUCACGUCACAUUAGCUUCCGGCGGUGAUGCAUCUGCAGCAUCAGAACCGAUGGAGAUGGAGGAUUGCUCUCACCACCGUCAACUGCUUCUAUCAGCAAGAUCAGCAGCAGCCGCUCCUGCAAGCACUACCACCGCGACCACUGGCAGUGCUUCCGCCGACGCCACCGCCGCCAGCCGCAAUGCCGCCCGCAUGCUGCCGUUCUCGACAGCGCCGCUGGAGUCCGUAUACGCGGUCGCGCAGGAGGAGCUCGGCCGGGGGGAGUUCGGCGUCGUCCGGACGUGCAUGCAGCGCGCGACGGGGCAGCUUCUAGCGUGCAAGUCCGUCGACAAGGCGCGGCUACGCGAGGGCGAGCGCGCGGGCGACCUGGAAAUGGAGCUCCUUUGCAUGGGCGCGCUGCCACCGCAUCCGCACGUCGUGCAGCUCGCGAGCGUGCACGAGGACGCGCGCGACGUGCAUCUCGUCAUGGACCUGUGCGACGGAGGCGACUUGUUUGACCUUGUCGCCAAGGCUGGUCGACUGCCCGAGGCGUUCGCGGCGGACGUGUUCCGCCAGGUGGUGGAAGCGGUCGCGUUUUGCCACUCGCACGGCGUGCUGCACCUGGACGUGAAGCCGGAGAACAUCCUCGUUUGCAACACCGCGCAUGGUACCUAUAACGGGUCAAGCAGCUGCGGCAGCGGUCCGCCUUCGAUACACGUGAAGCUGGCGGAUUUUGGUCAGGCAAUAAUGCUCUCUCCUGGGCAGAAAGCAGUGGGCCUGGCAGGCUCGUCUUUCUACAUGGCCCCAGAAGUCGUGUGCGGGCGUGCAUACGACAGCAGCGCAGACCUGUGGAGUCUGGGCGUGCUCCUCUAUGUGUUGCUGGCGGGAUACGUGCCAUUCUAUGGGUCGGACCUCCCCCAGGUCUUCCUUGCCAUCUGCGCCAACGAGCCUGACAUGACAGCUGAACCUUGGUCGAAGAUAUCACCCGAGGCGAAGCACCUUGUGCGCUGCUUGCUCUCAGUGGACCCCGCCAGCCGCCCCUCGGCUCCUCACCUGCUCUCUCACCCAUGGCUGGCACGCACUCAACGGGUAGAAGUUGCUGCUUCUGCCAAGUCGCCACCGCCUCCACUGCUUGCGGCAGAGGAGGCGUCGUUCCUGUCAGGCCGCACCACACAGCUGACAUCCACCACUGACUCGCAGGUUGCUAUUACCCGUGGCCCUAUGGCUCCUCCGAGUAGUCUUUUUCAUUUUGCCGCUAUUGAGGAGUCGUCGGCAGGGCGUUCUUCGAGUGGAAUUACCGUAACUACCCGCCGCCUCCAUCCCACUCUACAUCCCUCACUCACACUGCCCCGCACUCUCCUUGCCCCUCCUACCCAUGCCUUCCCGCCCACUCUCCUUCUCCGCUCUCCUACUCACGGUGUCCCCACUCUCACCCCUCCUCCCCGCAUCCCCCGUGCCCCCGAUGCUUCCUUUACUUUCUGCUCUCCUCCUUCCCUCCCUCUUUCCCUCCCUCCCUCCCUCCCUCCCUCCUCUCUUCCUCCCCAUGGAUUCCUCUCCCCCACCCCCCGCCCCGUCUCCCCUGCCCCCGCUCUCCCCGCCCUCUCCCUCCGGCAGCCUGUGAGCGCGCAGGGCAUGGGGCGGCGCAGCAGUGCGGGGAGCCACGCCCAGGGGGAGGAGGAGGGGGAGGAGGAGGGGGAGGAGGAGGGGGAGGAGGAGGGGGAGGAGGAAGGGGAGGAGGAAGGGGGGAAUGGGGAGGAGAAGGUGGAGGAGGAGGAGGAGGAGGAGGAGGAGGAGGAGGAGGAGGAGGAGGAGGAGGAGGAGGAGGAGGAGGAGGAGGAGGAGGAGGAGGAGGAGGAGGAGGAGGAGGAGGAGGAGCGCGGAGGACGAUGCAGGAAGCUGGAGUGA